AUGUCUAGCAACUUUGAAAAGUCCGUGAAGGGGGCGACGAAAAUCAAGCUCGCGCCCCCCAAAUCGAAAUACAUCGAACACAUCCUCGUCGCGACCCAUACCGGAGAGGCUGGCGUCGCAGAAAUCUUUCGCACACUACAUCUUCGUCUCCGUGAUUCGACAUGGACCGUCGUAUUCAAGGCGCUCAUUGUCCUGCAUUUCAUGAUUCGGGAAGGCCAAUUGGAUGCCACCUUACAGUAUAUGGCCGAAAACCCAAGAAAGAUCGCAAUCAGUGGAUACUCCGAGGUGCAAACGCAGGGCCAUAACAUCAGGAGAUACUCGGAUUACCUCGUCGCACGCGCAAAAGCAUUCGAGGCCACCAAGACCGAUUACGUGCGGAGCGGACAAGGGCGGAUGAAGAGGUUGACCGUGGAAAAGGGCCUCCUUCGAGAAACAGAAAUCGUCCAGAAACAGAUUCGUGCGCUCCUCCGAUGUGACUUUUUGACCGACGAGGUGGAAAAUGAAAUCACCUUGACUGCAUUUCGACUGCUCACCUUGGACCUUCUCACCCUGUACUCCGUCAUGAAUGAGGGGACAAUCAAUGUUCUUGAACACUAUUUCGAAAUGUCGCGCCCCGAUAGCGAAAGAGCCCUGGAGAUCUACAAGACAUUUACAGCGCAGACGGAGGAGGUCGUUAAGUUCUUGGGCGUUGCAAGACAUUUCCAAGCCGCCACUCGAUUAGAGAUCCCAAAACUGAAGCAUGCCUCUACGGACCUGACGCGGCUGCUUGAGGAUGAUCUGAAUGACCCAGACUUCGACCUCCGCCGACGAGAGUAUCUGUACCGCAAAGGAAUCAAGCCCACAGGCUUUGAUACCGCCCUGUCAUCCGGGAGCCGAGCAGAAAAGACGAGUCCUGCCACCAAUCCCAACCCCCCGACGCAGUCUCAGGCCAGUUCUAUACCGCAGAAGAAGGAUAACCCCUCGGAUCUGAUUGAUUUCUUCGACUCAAUCGACCCCACCCCGGCGCCCGUGCCUCAGCAGAAUUACAUGCAACAGCCCCAGCUUCAACAGCAACAAGCAAUGCAGUAUCAACAGGCUGGGUUCCUACCACAACAAACGGGGGUGUACCCACAGCAGACAGGCUUUCAAACACAGCAGCCCCAGCUACCCCAGCAACCCCAGCAGAAUGGAUUUGGUCAGAAUCCCUUCGGACAGCCCCAAGCCCCGCAGCCUCUUCAAUCCACUCCCACUGGAGCUGGGUUUGGCGGCUACACUCCGCAGCCCCAGGCGUAUGGGUUCCAAAACAAUCUUCCUCCCAUUCCGCAGAACAACACGGCUCAAUUCGCCCAAACACAGAUGCAGCAACAGCCCACCCUGGGGGUGCCCCAGCAGCAGCCGCAACAAACAACCAACCCAUUCCGGCAGUCUAUGUUGUUGAGUACGCCAACGGGAUCAGGCAGGCCAAUUUCUCCGCUGAGCCGUCAAAACACCAAUCCCUUUGCCCGACGGCUGUCCAUGGUGAAUCCGGAUUAUCAGACGGGAGCGUCGCAGAGCCAGCAACAGCCUCCAGCGGCGGCACCAUUACAGCCUCAACGCACCGGAACCAAUCCUUUCGCGCGCAGUUCUUCUGUACCCCCACAACAGACCCAGGGCCUACAACCCCCGCCGGCUGCGCCCCUUCGACCCAACCCGACUGGAAGUACGAACCCGUUCCGGCAGAGCGCUUUCGUGAACCAACAGACUGGCCAGGGAUGGCAGGUCAGCGGCCAACAAGGCACGAUGGGUGGAUACGAGCAAUUGAGUACAACACCUGUCUUCCCUCGGCCGGGGAUGUAA